AAUAAAAUGACCAAAGGGCUCCGCUCGCCGCGCAGCGAUCGAGCGCAAACGCAGUAAUCACUCGUCUUUCUAGUUUCUAUAAAUAUUCAAACCGUUCACGCCGCCCCCAUCCAAUCGUCUUGCACUUUUCGUCGCCUCUAUCCUCCCUUACGACCGUCAAAACCCUAAACACCUUCUUCGCAUUUUUGUUCUCACGGUGUUCGAUCUUGGAUCGUACGGCUCAAGCAGCGCUGUGAGCUGGUUCUCUAGCUUCUCUGGGGUUCCCUGGGAUAUAUGACCAUACCUUUUGGCUCGGGGAAGAAAAAGGAUGUCGAGAAUCGUGACUCUUGCACUCACCAGGAGAAAGAAAUAUUUCUCCAAUUACUUGAGCGUGCCUGGACGUUCAUGCUACACUUUGUCUAGCUUUGGGCAGGGUGACCAUGCUUAUGACGCUGACACAAAAGUUGCAACCAAUGUUGCUGAACGGAGCCCAAAUGAAGAUGAGAUCACAUGGACGAAGUGGCCUGAGAUUCUAAACUCUAAAGAGGAGUUUAUGUGCAUUCAUGAUCAAAGGCUUUUUCAGCUUCCAUAUGAUAGAUUUCGUAUUCCUAAAUUUGGAAAUGGAAGGCGAGAGUUUGUACUACCCUUCGCAGCCAGAGGUUUGGUACAAUCCAUCCACACAGCAUCUACAGCUAAAGUCCGUCUACCUGAAAAGAAUGAUGAGGAGGAACCUUGCGAAGACCAGGGCCAAAAACGAUUAAAGGAUGCAUCACCUGAGGAAUGCGAUCAGGCUGUUGAAGGUUUAAGCUCGGCAAAAGCUAAAGCAAAAGCCAAACAUGUUCAAGAUUCUCAAAAAGCAUCUCAAACACUCAUACAACAGUUUUGGGCAAAGGUUUUGGGAAUUGGUCCUGCUUUGAGAGCAGUAGCUUCCAUGAGCAGGACGGACUGGACUGUUAAAUUGCACCACUGGAAAGAUGAAUUUGUAUCAACCAUGCAGCAUUAUUGGCUAGGUCUGAAAUUGUUAUGGGCCGAUGUGAGGAUCUCUUCGAGAAUGUUGUUAAAAUUGGCUGCUGGAAAGAGUCUGACAAGAAGAGAAAGAAAACAGUUGACACGGACCACAGCUGAUAUAUUUAGACUGGUUCCAUUUGCAGUUUUCAUCAUUGUUCCAUUCAUGGAGUUUUUAUUGCCAGUGUUCCUCAAACUAUUUCCAAACAUGCUGCCAUCUACAUUCCAGGACAAGAUGAAGGAGCAGGAAGCAUUGAAGAGGAAACUUAAAGCAAGAAUAGAGUACGCAAAGUUUUUGCAGGACACGGUUAGGGAGAUGGCAAAGGAAGUCCAAGUAUCUCACAGUGGAGAAAUUAAGCAGACUGCAGAGGACUUGGAUGAGUUUUUGAACAAGGUCAGGACUGGUGCUCCUGUUUCUAACGAUGAAAUCUUGAGCUUUGCAAAAUUGUUUAAUGAUGAGCUGACGUUGGACAAUAUCAGCAGACCAAGAUUAAUAAAUAUGUGCAAGUAUAUGGGGAUCCCGCCAUUUGGAACUGACAAUUACUUGCGAUUUAUGCUUAGGAGGAAAUUGCAGGAGAUUAAGGAAGAUGAUAAUCUGAUUCAAGCUGAGGGCGUGGAAUCCCUUUCAGAAGAAGAACUCAGACAAGCUUGCAGGGAACGAGGCCAUCUUGGGUUGCUUUCAACACUUGAAAUGCGUCAACAGCUUCGUGAUUGGUUGGACUUGUCACUGAAUUAUGCUGUUCCAUCUUCUCUAUUGAUACUAUCAAGAGCAUUUACUGUUUCUGGAAAGUUGAAACCUGAAGAAGCUGUUGUGGCCACCCUUUCAUCUCUACCAGAUGAGGUUGUUGAUACAGUGGGCACUGGGUUGCCUUCUGAAGAUUCUGUUUCUGAGAGGAGGAGAAAGUUGGAGUUCCUAGAAAUGCAGGAAGAACUUAUCAAGGAGGAAGAGAAAAAACAAGUGAAAGAAGAGAAAGCUAAAGUGAAGGAAUCUGAGGUCAGUGAAGAUUUUGCAUUGAGUGAGAUGAUUAUUCCUACUGCUAGGGAGGCAGAUGAGUUAGCAAGAGCAAAAACACUUGAAAAGCAGGAGCAACUAUGUAAAAUUAGUCGUGCACUAGCUGUUCUAGCUUCAGAUUCUUCUGUUAGUAGGGAGCGUCAAGAUUUUCUGAGCCUUGUUAAUAAAGAGAUUGAACUGUAUAAUACCAUGCUGGAGAAAGAGGGUACAGAGGGUGAAGAGGAUGCUAAGAAAGCUUAUAAAGCUGCUAGGGAGGAGACUGAUCAUGUAACUGAAGUAGCUGCUGCAGACAAGGUUUCAUCGAGACUAAUAGAUAAGGUUGAUGCUAUGCUACAAGAACUUGAAAAGGAGAUUGAUGAUGUUGAUGCUAGAAUUGGUGAUCGUUGGCAAAUACUAGAUAGGGAUCAUGACGGCAAAGUCACACCAGAAGAGGUUGCAGCUGCUGCCAUGUAUCUCAAGGACACCAUUGGAAAGGAAGGUGUUCAAGAACUCAUCAGCAAUCUUUCUAGAGACAAAGAUGGGAAGAUUCUUGUGGAAGACAUUGUGAAGUUAGCCUCUCAAACUGAAGAUGGUGAUGGUGAAUCAGAACACAAACAAUGAUAGUAAUUGUCUAGAUGCGAUACUCUUGCUUAUCUAGGGAAUGUGGGGUAGAGAUGGCAUUCUAUUUUUCUCCUACAAGAUUGAGAGUUAAUUUGCUAAAUAUAACUCUCUGAUAGUGAUUGCUAUAGAUUUUAAUUUACUAACAUGUGUAUAUAUGUAUUUUCAAUUUUAUAACAUAUAGAACUCAUUUUCCAUUCGCUACAUUGUCAGUUGUUGAUUCAACAAUUUUAAGCAUAAUUUAUUAAGAUUUUUUUUAUUGGUGUUAUAGUAGUUUGUUACAAAAUUGGAAAAUUGUACUGCGUUAUUCUGUUUUUAUCAUACUACAUGAUUCUGCCUACCAGUCUACUGUAGCAUCAUAUUAUUCUCUCAUGCUACUUUUCGUCACCAUUUAUCUUAGUGAUCAACACAACACCACAAACUGUACUUGUUGCCUUGCAUCACCAAACUAAACUUAUCGAUGCUCAGGCCUUCGCUGUGUGAUUUUGGAGGCAGCAGAAGCUUGAUGAUGCCUUCCCGCCUACCCUCCGUGCCUGUCUUCAACCUAAGCAGUGACCAGACGCUAGAGUGUUAACUUCAAAUUAUCUUAAUUUCGAGGUAUAUCAAGUAUUGCAGGCUUUUUGAGAACAAAGUAUAUUCGACAUAAUAUCCAGUUCAUGAUAUAAAACUAUCAGAGUUUAUGAUACAGAAGACAAAUAGUUAGAAGGAUAAUGUUUCAUUUUCCAUCCAUCGUCUAUGUAGUCAAUUAUUGUAGAAUUAUACAAAUAAGCAUGGAAAAAAUAGUUGUUACAUUAAUAAAACUCUGAAAACAGAUUAUGUCUCGCU